GCCCCUCCCCCGCUCCUAGCAUGAUCGAUGGACAGGAGAGACGCUGGACCAGGGGGUGGGAGUCGACGGCCCAGGCCUGGGCACAGACGCCGUCUGCCCUGCUGUGCCUGGCGACCUUUCCUCCCUGGUCCCUAGGCGAAUGGGCCCUGUCCCUUUGACCUGCGCCCCCAGGCGUCAUUGGGGUAUCGCCCUCAAUGCCCUGAGCUUUUUUAAAAGGGCCGCACGAGCUGCUGGGGCCAUGCUCUCAGCCCUCCAUCUCCAUCCUCAAGCAUUCACAGUCAGCCUGAGUGUUGGUAGCAUUCGCUUCUUUGCCCUUGUUUCUUUUUCCUUUUCUGGCUGCGCCUUUCGUUCGCUCCGUUGUGCUGUACUUGUUGGAGCUUUCGUCCUUCGACAUUCUACUUGGAGACGGCUCAUUCGUUCACCAUCGUCCAGACGUUCACGCACCUUCCGCCUGUCAGGCCCGCAGCUCGACCACGAGCACCACAGCUUCACUUUUCCGUUCAGGGGUAGCACUAUUGCUCGUUCGAAGCUUCUUUUGCUCGCUCGGACUGGGUCUGCAACACAGCUCCCUCUCCCCUCGCCAGCUUGCUUGCCGAGACACAGCGUCUACUAUCAGAUCUCUUUUCUUUUCUCCCACUCCGCUCUCGGUCAUUGAGCAAGUUCUACACCUUGUGCUAUCAUUGAGGCACUGGUUCUUUUCUGUCUCUUUCACUCGAGACGCAAUGGUCCUCUUCAUGAAGGCGGUCAACUUGGGCCUGGCCGCCGCGGCCGUCCCCAAGGACCUCAAUAUCACGGAUCACGCCUCGGUCCAAGGCGUCUCCAAGACUAUCGCCGCUGAUGCCAUGUCCUUCUACAAAGGCUCCGCGGCUGAAUACGUCGAUCUCGCCCCUCCCUACUGGUGGUGGCAGAUGGGCGCUCUUACUGGAGCCAUGCUGGACUACAGCCACUACACCCGCGAUAAGAGUUAUGACGACGUGCUUGCCACUGCUCUUGUGGCCCAGGUCGGCCCCAACUUCAACUUCAUGAGCCCCAAGCACCAGGGCCAACUCGGCAACGACGACCUUGGGUUCUGGGGCUUCGCCGUCUUGUCGGCCGCGGAACGCAACUUCCCUCAGCCUGAGUCCAACAUUCCGUCCUGGCUCAAGAUGGGUGAAAACAUCUUCAACUCGCUGGCCAGCCGCUGGGACACGACGAGCUGCGGCGGUGGGCUGCCGUGGCAGAUUUACGAGUCCAACCCCAACGGACUCAACUACAAGAACUCGGUCAGCAACGCCGGGUUCUUCCAGCUGGCGGCCCGGCUCGCCCGGGCCACGGGCAACCAGACGUACGCCGACUGGGCCACCAAGAUCUACGACUGGUCGACCACGGUCGGCUUCAUCGACUCCAAGUUCCACGUGGUGGACGGGGCCGACCGGCGCGACGACUGCAAGAAGCUCAACCCCGUGUCCUUCACGUACAGCUCGGGCAUCUACAUGUACGGCGCGGCCGUCAUGGCCAACCACACCAACGGCAAUAAGACGUGGACCGACCGCACACUGGGCUUCGUCGAGAGCCAGAAGCAGUACUUUGGGCCCUUCAACAACGCCACCAACGUGCUGUAUGAGCCCGCCUGCGAGCUCGUGGGCUCGUGCAACGUCGACAUGAAGUCGCACAAGGGCCAGCUGUCGCGCUUCAUGUGGGCCUCGACCCUCCUCGUGCCCGCCGCGGCCAAGCCCGUGGCGGACCUGCUCAACCCGUCGGCCGAGGCGGCCGCGCGCUCGUGCACGGGCGGCAACAAGGGCACCCAGUGCGGCUUCCGAUGGUACGUCGGCGGCUUCGACGGCGACACGGGCCUCGGCCCCGAGAUGUGCGCCCUCGAGACCAUCCAGGGCGCCCUCGCCGCCACGGCCGAGCCCCCGCUCAGGGGCGACGCCAUCAAGGACGUGCGCAAGCCAAGGGCCGGCACCGCCCCGCCGGCGACCCGCCGCCGCAUGGCCCGCGCCUUCCAGGCCUGAGCUAGCUGCCUGCGGGUGGUUGUCCAUGUCCCGGCAUCGCUCUGCCUUGACGAUGAAAAAAAGAAACAAGCAGGACCGGUUCCACAUUACGCUCCGCUUGUCCCUCUGUACUAUUUUCUUGCUGCCUUGAAUGGCUUUUUACGAUUUUUUCUUUAAUUAUUUAUUCUUUUAUUGGAUUUACACACAUCAUAUUCCAACCCGCUCGGCGUUCCCGGGGGCCAUACAUUUUUGCCAAAAGCAAAAGAAAAUCAGGAGGACAUCCAUCCAUCUCCAUCCCUUUCUAAAACUACUACUAUAGGGGGUCACGUUCUAGAUCUUAGUCGCUCUAUGUCGUCGAAUAUAAAUAGAAACAAGGCUUCUAUAACAACCAUAUCUUACACGAGUCGCUAUAGCGAAAGGAGGCGCACGUGCAUUCCCCAAACUUUGCUUGCGACGUUCACUGCCUCGUGUGAUUGAGAGGGAAGGGGAUGUGGCAUACUAAAAAUAAAAACAAUCUAUUUCCUACAACAUGCCAUGUUUGCCAUGCCUGGAAAAAAGU